AGGUAGAGCGCUAUUGCCGGACUUUGUUAAAUAUGUUACGUAUUGAGGCCUCCAAUGAAAACAGUCAAUGGUCAGAGUCUCUUUGGCGAUUGCAACUUACUUUGAAUUGCACUAAACACAAAACUACGCAAACUUCACCCCUUCAAUUACUUGUGGGUAUAGAGGGCGCAACCCCUAUAAUCAGGUCCGUUAUUCGUGACAUUGCUAUUGAAGACACGCAUCCAAAUCGAGAGGCAAUACGCGAACUUCAACGCCAGCGGGCUUCCGACCUACUGGAGCAAAACAGACAAACACAGGACUUACGUGUAAAUAGCGGUCGCAAGAUCACCCGAUCGUUUAAUGUCAAUGAUAUGGUUUUCGUUAAUAAACAUUCGCAGAUGACAGGCAAGCUGGACUCUGGGAUGCGAGGCCCGUAUAGAGUUACUAAGGUCCUGCCCCACGGCCGUUACGAAUUACGUUUGUUGGGUAACUCGUAUGGCAAAACUACGCAGGCAGCCGUUGAGCACAUGGUUGCCUGGCGAGGGGAGUGGACACCAGAGUCAUGUGCUUCAUUUUUUGAAACUAUGGAUAACGAAGAUGAUCAGCCAACUCAACCUCACGCGGGACCAUCUAUGGAACAUGUCGUCCAGAUAGAACACCAGCCGAGCAGAGUGGGCGAGGACGCCCACGUGUCAGGAGAGGCCGUGUUAGAAGAAAGUGGACACACGGAAGGGGACAUGACAGCUAGUCUAUAAAAGGCAGCGCACGCCCGGCGCGCGCCCCAUUCUGCGUUCGACACUCGUAGCGAUCACAUCUCCUAGACGUUGUUUAUGUAUUACUGGCUAUGUAAAUUCUAUUUUGCUUAAUAAUUCUAAUUGCUUAAUUUAUUUCUUUUUGUUAAAAUUCAUUAUUAAAUUAAACUCCAACUAUUCUCCCUCGUUCGUUUUUUUUUAAAU